CACUUCCGCUGUACAGGUGAGUCGUGCGUGACGUCAUCGGACAUGAAAGAAGGAAACUGCGUUUGAUAGCCAAGUUUGUUCUUCUAAACUGAGUUCAAAUUCACGGAUACAGAUAUGUGUGAUUUCGACAAGCAGAAGGGCCCUGGACGGCUGAUGAAGAAAGGAUUGACCCUUAUUGUCAUCGGUCAUGUUAAUUUCAUCCUGAGUGCCAUCGUCCAUGGCAGCGUGUUACGCCAUGUAUCCAAACCCAGUAAUGGGAUCUCAACAGAAUAUACCGUAUCAAACAUCAUCUCCGUCUCUUCAGGACUGCUGAGCAUUGCAAGUGGAAUUGUUGCAAUAUUGGUGUCAAGGAAUAUUACCAACUUGAAGCAGCACAUCGGUCUGUUAGUGAGCUCCUUUCUGAACGCCUUUCUCUCGCUGGCUUGUUUAGUGGGGCUGGUUUUGGCAAUAAGUAUGACCAUUUCAGCCGACGGGAGCACGCUCAUGAAAGGAUGUAAUUCCACUAACAUGCCUGUGAAUGCACGAUCUCCAGUCAUCGUCAACUGUCCUUUCGAUGCCACCCGCAUCUAUGACACAACUCUUGCUCUGUGGUUCACCUGUGCUACAUUGACUGCACUGGAGGCUGGACUGUCUGUGUGGUGCUUUAUUGUGGGUCUCCAGUUAAGAGGCAUUGGACCCUGUGCUAAAACCUACAUCAGAGAGCAGCUGGAAGCGGAGGCACUAGCAUCAGGAUCAAAGAUGGACCAAGACCACACGACUCAAGGAGAGCGUCUUAUCGCACAUCACUCGGCCAGUGCAUAGAGAGACAGUCUCGAGGUUAAGGUGGAAGUUUAAUUAAACGCAGUGUAGUGCAACAGAUCAUAGUAGUAGUUAGUUACAUUUCUGAAUCUAUAUCAAUUGAUAAUGGUAGAUGAUCUGAAGCACUGAGGUUAUGGUACACAAUCAGUUGAGCUCCAAUCAGAUGGACGUUUGGACUGAAUGUUUUCAAUGUUUUCAGUCCACACAUGUAAUUAGGCCGAAAACAUCAUUAUAUCCAUGAUGUUGUUUUCUGAAACUGUAUCUGGAGUUAUGUUUUGUGGUUCCUGUUUACACUUAAAACCCAACUUGUGCAUAAUUUCCAAAUUAACCUGAUGAUUU